AUGUCUGACUCUGGUGACCCCGCUGAGGACAUCCAGGUGAGAGGAUCAUCGCGUUCGGACACUUCUAGCGAACCGAAAAGCCGGAAAUUCCAGGUCCCAAUCCCUAGAAAGUUCACUGGCCUUCUUGAUGAGGACUCAUGGGGCGACUGGAUUAACUUCGAACCUGGAAUGACGAACUCCCCAGUAUACAAUUCCACAUACAUCGUCUUCCUUGCCGAAAGUUACCAAGACCGAGGCCUCUAUGGCCGCAGACUGUUUGAUGAGUUCCAAAACGACUUUGAAAGCUGGAACGCCGAUUACUUCGACAACACCAUUAAGAACGCAGCACAAUGGAUGAGGGAUACGCUGUACUCGCAUGGCAUUUUCUUUCCCAUGGACAAUACUCUGAUCUCGACUGCUCUUGCCCAGCUUGUUACUCAAGAGGAGUUCCACGUGUGGACUGAAGGAGAGAUCAAGAAGGCAAAGACCAGGCCACAGUUCAAAAAGAACUACAACAGCAUUCCUGACUUCGCUGAGGAUAUCACGUACGAGCCAGAAAGCAUUGAGGAUAUCCGUGCAGAGAUUGAGGCCAUCCGAGCCUCAUCACGACGCAUAGGAACACCGGCAAGAAACCCCCUUCCCAUACGUCAACUGUCGCCUACCUCCACGACCAACUACCAUCCAUCGCCACAACCGCGGCACAAACAGCAACAACGACAAGAGCCUUCCCAACCGAACGAAUAUGUUGUGGGCAACAGUCUCACAGCAAGGCAACUAACCGACCUGACGAAGCUCUAUAGCGAUGACUUCAAGUAUGGCGGUGAGAAGUACGAAGUCUUCGAGCGGAAACUCAUGAUCUUCCGCGACAAGUGCAACAAAGUAGGGAUUGCCCAGAGCCAAUGGAAUGACGCCCUAGACAUCAUGCUGAAAGGGCGUGCACUGCAAUACUACUAUGAUAACCUCUGUGAUCCGACCAAACCGAUGGACUUCCACUCCAGUGGAGUAGCCAUCCAAGCCAGGUUUGAAACACACGAAACGCAGCAGUUAUAUUUGUCAGAAUGGCGUACUACUACCCUCCCGCGAAUCCUCCAGGAAAAUCCCGGCAAAAACAGGCUAGAAGCCCUGGAGAUUCUCAUCGAGAGGCUUGUCAGAAUACAUCAAGCCCUACCACGCGCACAACGCGAAUCGCCCGACUUGCUACGCGACCAGUUGCUGAACGCCUGCCGCGAAGUGGAAGAAUGCCAAUUGGCGAUCUUCGCCCCGGCUCCCACCUUUGAGGGCCCGUCGGAACAGCCCUACAGCUGA